UAAAAUGAAAGAAGGAAAGAAAAAGCAGGGGGUUAGGGUUUUGCGCAAUUGAGCAAGAAAAAGAAGGCAUGGGAGGGGGAAGGAAGAAUUUGAAGAGAGGUGUUGAAGAAGAAUUUUUGACCCUUGAAAAAGGACAAAGCAUUAUGCAAGUUCUGGACCUUCGAGGUUCCAACCUUAUUCAAGUAUCGGAUGCGAAAGGUGAAACAUCAUUAGCAAUAUUUCCAGCUAAAUUUCAGAAGAGCAUGUGGAUAAAAAGAGGCAAUUUUGUUGUGGUUGAUGAGAGUGGCAGAGAGGAAGCUGCUGAAUCAGGUAGAAAAGUGGGAUGUGUUGUUACGCAAGUACUCUAUUAUGAUCAAGUCCGUGUGCUCCAAAAGUCACCAGAAUGGCCUGAGAUCUUCAAAUCCACAGUAGUAGAGAGUUCAAAACAGGAUACGCAAUCACACAAUUCCCAGAUGGAUGAAAAUGAGGACUCAAGUGAUGAUGAUGGACUCCCUCCAUUAGAAGCCAAUACAAACAGAUUAAAUCCUUUUCAAAGGGAGUCGGAAACCGAGUCGGAUUCAGAUACUGAUCCCUGAUCCAUGUUUUGGGACAUUCAUGGCCUUCUUUUCUGCGGAUGAAUUAGGUGUAAAGGCAUUGCUUCCUUUGAAAGCUAUUAAUUGUAAAUCUGCUUGCUAUAGAGUAGUGAAUAUGUCAAGCCCACAUCUGGAGUGAGUGAACUUCUGAAUUUCCGCAUUCAAAAUUAUCAAAAAUCUGAGUUCUGGUAUGAUUUUUUUAAUGCUAUGUUUUAUAGGAUGUUCUUCAAUAUUGCAAAAUAUGCAUAGCAUACUUUGUUUGGAAUUAACUCGUGAAUUAAGGCGAAUGAGCACAGUUCAAGGCCUGAUGAGCUUUUUCGCCUGGUGUUGAUAAAAUUUUGUGAUGCAAGGGUUUUAAUAUAUGUACCAAUGACUACAUUUUGAUUAUGUCUUCUCCUUUAAUGGAGUUUAUGAUUUAGUUGCUCCCUGCUCAGAGAAACACUAGAAGAAAAUGGGACUAUCUUGAUGGCAUCCCCAUUAUACAUUCUUCAGGAAAAAGGCCAAGGAUUU